AUAGAUAUCAUGGUUUUGUUGUGCAACCCAUGAAAAAUCUCUGGACUGUGUAAACCUUAAGAUUUUGGCUCAUUUGUUUUUAUUUGUUAUUAUUUUUUUUACUUUAUUAUUAUUUGAAAGCAGUUAUGGAUGAAAAAAUAUUGUCUCCAUGAACCCGUAGCUUGAUUGUACUCUGGCGCCGGUUGUGGACACUGCAUGCAACUGCACCCCUCCAAAUCGAGACGAAGUGGUAUCGUCCAUCGGUGGAUUUAACAUGGAGGCGUUAACACAGCAAUAAUCGCAGCGGUGACACGUUCUACCACUUCCAGUGCAUAAAACACAGAUGCUUUUGUUCAGAGGCAGGCCCGGAUGGAGAGCGGACAAAUUGCCGUGGUGUACGCGGAGGUCAGCAGCUUUCCCACCCCCGUGUCUGCUCACGUUAAGGUGGAAGAGCUGCCUGAAUUCCGAGUCUACUCAGUGACAGCAGAGUGGAGUCAAAGUGAUCUGGUCCGAGGUUCUGGGCUUCAUUACUCGCAGCAGUGGACUCUAAUCGCCGACAACAACAAUCACAAGACCGUCAGAUCCGUUCUCCCAGCUGGACCGUGUACAUCCAUCUCUGGAGAGUUAUUGAGAGCCUUUUCUCCCAUUCAGGGCUUGAAGGCCGUUAUAAGGGAGGCUGGAAACCAGCAGCUGCUGGAGAUCUGGGACUGCCAUGGACUCAGAAAAUGUCUCAACCUCACUGCCCUCAACAUUCACGGCAGAGUGUACGACGACGCUCAGUUUGGCUCUCUGUCAUGGUCUGAUUGUGAGAGCAGACUGCUGUAUGUGGCAGAAAAGAGCAGGAACUCCUCAUCAGGUGGAGAGUCUGGAUGCAGAAAGGACAGGAAUGUGUACUGUGAGGACUGGGGGGAGGCUCUGACCAGUAAGAGUGUCCCAGUGGUCUGUGUGGUGGAUCUGCACAGUGGUGCUGUUGGUGUGCUGCAGGGAGUUCCGGCUGAAGUCUCACCUGGACAGGCGCUGUGGGCUCCUGGUGGUCAAUCAGUCUUUUUUGUUGGUUGGUACCAUGAACCCUUCAGAUUGGGAUUGAAGUUUUGCUCCAACCGCAGGUCAUCUUUGUUUGAAGUCGACAUGAAGGGACGUUGUGAGCGUCUGUCAGGGGAAAACCUGUCGGUGUCCUGCCCCCGGCUGAGUCCUGACGGAUCCACGCUGGUCUUCCUGCAGGGCAGGGUGUUUGGCCCUCACCACCAGUGCCUCAGCCUGCAGCAGUUGGACCUGAAGAGCAGGAAAACCUCUGCACUGAUUGAUGUUGUUGACAGACCGCAGGCUGGUGAGUUUGCAGGUGUGUAUGAAGCUCUUCCGUCCUGCUGCUGGUCUGCAGACAGCCAGAGGGUGGUGUUCAGCAGCGCCUGCAGAAACUGGAAGGAUCUCUUUAUUGUGGACAGGAGGUCAAAGAAAGUCUCCUCCCUCUCUGAUAAUCUUUCUGCUGCUUCUAGAGAUUGUGGCAGCUGGAAGCUGCUGACCGUCCAGAGAGACCUGAUGGUGGUCUGUUGCUCCAGUCCAAACACCCCACCCACUCUGAGGGUCGGAUUUCUCCCAGAAAAAAGUGAAGCUGUGACCUGGCAGACCCUGCAGCAGCCUGCCAUGACCUUUGACUUCAGCUGGACCAGUCUAGACAUUAAACCCCCUCCAGAGGAAGACAACACACACUACCCUGGUCUGGACUUUGGUUCUGUUCUGGUUAAACCUUCACGUCCUCUUUGUGACAGCAGAAUACCGUUGGUUGUCUUCAUCCAUGGUGGCCCCCACUCCCAGUUCCCUGCAGAGUGGAACAGCACCACAGCAGGACUGGUUAAACUGGGCUGUGCUGUGCUCGUGGUGAAUUAUCGGGGAUCCACAGGCUUUGGUCAGGACAGCAUUCAGUCCCUCAUCGGUAAUGUUGGGUCUCAGGAUGUCAAGGAUGUGCAGCGAGCUGUUCUCACUGCACUGCGGAGCGAUGAGACCCUUGACUCUGAGCGGAUCGCUGUGAUUGGGGGUUCUCAUGGUGGUUUCCUGUGUUGUCAUUUGGUUGGUCAGUACCCGGACUUCUACAGAGCGUGUGCAGCCAGGAACCCAGUCAUUAACGCAGCCACAUUACUGGGUACCAGUGAUAUAGUGGACUGGCGGUACACCAGUGCAGGCUUUCAGUUCUCCUAUGACAGCGUUCCCACCGCCGAGGUUCUGACUGCUUUGUUGGAGAAAUCCCCCAUCACACACGCGGUUCAGAUCAAGGCUGCGGUGCUGCUGAUGCUGGGGGGCAAAGACAGGCGGGUGUCUCCUCAUCAGGGGCUGGAGCUUUACAAAGUGCUGAAGAGCAGAGCCUCACCUGUCAGAUUGUUGUGGUUUCCAGAAGACGGUCAUUCUCUGUCCAGGCUGGACACACAAGCUGACUGCUUCAUCAACACUGCUCUGUGGCUGCAGCAGCAUCUAUGAACACAAACUCACCCUGAAGCUGCUGUGCACAUGACUGUCUGUCAGCAAGGCCAAAAAAAGGGGUUCAUGGUUUCUUCCACGCGCCUUUUUACAACUGUACUACUUUAUGUAAAGAAAUGUGCAAAGAUUUUGACAAAAAACUCAACAAAUGUUGAAAAAUAAAAGAUGAAGCGUGUCAAACACUAA